CCCAGCCCCCGCCCCCCCCUCCUCAAAACCGGCUUGUGCUAAAAUUUUGGGGAGAUUUGGAGCACAUUUUUUUCUGGCCAAGUCACUGGCGACGAGCUUCCGACGACCCCUCUCUGGUCAGUUUUCCGACCGUUUUUCACCGUCCUUGCCCGCACACCUCACUUCCUCCGUCCUACUUGCGUCCCUAGGUUUUUUUUUUUUACUUUACCUUAGUGAUUUCUGGAGAAUCGGAUUAGGUAGUGAAGUGAGGUUGAAUUUUUGUGUUUUGCAUGAUUGAAUCUAUAUUUAGGGCGAGGAAUUAGGUGAAUUAGGUCGAUUGAAUGAUGGAUUGAUUUUUGUAUGAGCUUUUAGUGAAUCUUGGUGGGCGUGUUUGAACCGAAUUCUGUUUAUUUUUAGAAAUUUCACACCAAGUGCUAUGUUAUGAAUGCAAGUGGAAUUUAUUCUUGUUUGCUGGAUGGUAGCCACCGUGGUUUGGGUUGUGGUUAAACUUUUUGGGUGCUUGAACUGUGAAUCACCCACAACCAUGUCACGGUCAGUUUGAGCUUAAAUGUUUUUAUCCACGUAUGGUGUGUGUUUGUAUUUUUGCAUGAUGCUUAACUUGGAGCAUGAUUUCAUCAGUUAUCUGGUGAAUCACCCGGACUUUGGCGACAAGUUUGCCUGCCAAAGUGGCAGCCCGAUUGGGCCUCACUGGCGACUGGAUCUGGACAUGUUUAAAUUGUUCAGGUGCCGAGCCGCGAUGACUGGGGUGCUCGGCCACCCCCAGUGGCGCCAGCUCUUGACCAUGCACGAGGAGAUCUACCAUGAGCUAUGCGUGGAGUUUUACUCCACCUUCUCCCACAUUGUCCCCGCCAGCAAGAAGAGUCGGUCGCGGGUGGAGUUUAUGCUGGGAGGUCAGCCACUAGUGCUGACCUAUAAUGCCUUUGCGCAGGCCAUUGGGCUCAACACCGAUCAUAUAACGAUGAUGGAGCGGCAAUACACCGUCGACUUCAACUAUCAGGGCGCAUUCCGAGCCCUCUGCCGCCAAGAGCACGAGCAGGACGAGUUCGAGGGGAGCCGCACCAAUGCGGUGAGGCUGAAGACCCAAUGGAGGAUCCUCCACACUCUGCUCACCAGAUCCGUCGUCCCCAACCUCCAGUCAGGCCACUUGAUGACGAACAGAGGGCUCAUUGCCCUCUACUCGAUGAGGAGUUCAGCAGAGCUUAUCCAUCUGGGAUCAUUGAUCGCGACUUCUUUCGCCCGGUGUUUGGGGCAGAACAGAGUGGACACUAUGCAUAUGAGGGGCAUCAUCACGAGGAUAGCUCGGCACUUCCGGGUGGAUCUGGCCCGCUAUACCAGACUCAAAAGGACGGAGUCAUUCCCAGUGGAGACAUUGUAAAACCAGAAGCUGCUACUCCAGGGCGAGAGAGGAGCGGAGUACCUUGACGGACUCCAACCUUCCGCAGUAAUCUGAGCUGCAGUAGCACCGCCUCCAGUGGUGCCUGACCCCGAGAUCCCAGAGCCAGCAAAGCAGCCACCUGCUCGUGCACCCGGCCGCCGCCGGCGUCCAGCCCUCCAGCGCCCUGCACAGUAGCCGCCACCACCACCAGCAGGCGAUCCCCUCGUCCAGAGGGUGGAUUUCCUAGAGACAAACUUCAUGGGAUUCUCAUCCCGCCUCGACCGGCAGACCGACAUCCUCGAGCUUAUGGCUCGCCGCGAGGGUAUCCUCCCAGAUGCUGGAGAUGGUCCUUCCACCGGAGAGAGGUAACCGACGAGUGAGACAUGUGGCAGAGUGGAGUCCUUUCGCCCCACUUCUCCACUUGUAACCUGAACUUGUUGUUUGUUUUUUGUUAUUUUUUUUUCAUUUUGUGUGUGUGUGUGUGUGACAUAAACUACUACUAUCAUAUUGUGUUUGUAAUAACCUCGCCUCGAGCGAGUCGUAUUGUGUGUGUAUAUGUGUGUUUUUUGUCUCUCCUUGAAGCUCAAAAUUUCCUACCCCGGAUUCAAAUCCAACUUUCACUCACCAAGCCCAAGCAGUAACAUCAUUCUACCCCUUUCUUACGCCAUUGAGGGCAAUGUCGAGUUUAAGUGUGGGAGGGGGGGUAGUUUACUAGUAUGCUUGUGUGAGUGUGAUUGAUGCUUGGAGCCUUUUGUAUGCCUAAAUUUCAAAAAAUUGAGGGCUCCAAGCAAUGUUGGCAUGAUCACAGUGGCCGGAUGGUGGGAAAUUCUUGUGUUCAUUGGCAUUGAUCUUGAAUUGUUGCAUGUGAUCGAGUAUAUCCUAUGAUGAUGACUAAGAAGUUCAUUAGGAUAGGGAAAAAAUUUAGUUCUCAAGUGAGCAUAAAUGAAUGGAUGUCUUGACUUGAUCACUUGUUGCUUACAAUUGUCAUGCAUUGUGUUUGUGAAUUGAAAUAGAUGGUUGGGUAGCUAGGUAGCCUGUGAGUUUUGAGCCGAUCGUUUUCUUCUGGUGUGAUAGUUCCCUCUUGCCACGGUGUGUAGCAUCACAUUGUCACUAGUAAGUAUGAUGGAGGCAUAGGAUUAGUCCACGCCCAAAUGUUGAUUAUCUCGAAACGUGUCAUCCUUUAGUUAACCCCUUUGAGCCUUGUGACUUUGAGGGUCGUUCUCGAUUUAGGAGCUUCGUGUUUGUGAGCUUAAUGGUAUUAAUAGAACGACGCCCAAUCCUUUCUUCGUGUCUAAACAUGAGUCGUCCGUGUGUCCCGUAGCUCUCGCUUUUGAGUUCCAUAGAGGUUCUACAUAGGAGGUUUGUGUGCGGUUCUUGCUAGGAAUGAAAAAUGAAGUGUAGUGUUGGAGUGAGUUCCUAAAAAAAAGAGCAUUGGUCGUUAAUUGCAUAGGUGGCAAGUGUUUUUACUCUCUAGUACCCCCCUCAAAAAGAAAAGAAAAAGAAAGAAAAGAGAAAUGAAAAAGAGGUAAUAAAAUGGGAUAAAUAAA